AUGAUAUCGCGUCUUAUAUCUGAGCAUCUGUCUUCUCACAAUGAGGAGGGUUUGUCUGAAAUGAUUAUUGCUGGAUGUGACGAAAUGGAUCCUUGCUUGCAUUGUGUGGAUGACAAGGGGUAUCGGCAACAAGGAAAAAAGUUUACUACUGGAUCUGGAUCAGAAUUUGCUCUCGGCGGUCUUCACGCUAGGUAUAGUUAUCGUUUGUCUUUGGAAGAAGCAGAGAAGGCAGCCAAAGAUGUGUUAUGCUUUGCUGCAUAUAGAGCUAGGGAGAGUCUUGGUUUCGUCAGUGUUUUCCAUGUAGGGCCUCAUGGGUUGAAGAAGCUCAUUAAUGAAGAAGAUAUUGGGAAAGUCUUGGAAAAACAGCAAUCUCUAUGGAGAAAACGCGCAGCUGAGUAUGAAAACAAUGAACUAAUGCAAAAGCCUUUGAAAAUCGGCAGUCCACGAGAAAUUAACCAAGCAGCAAAGCCUACCCGUAAAGCAGUGAAUUGA